ACAAUCAAUAAACUCACACUCUCUAUCUGCAAACCAAAUUCUUCUUCUUCAUACAAUUUCUUGCCCUAACCCUCUGUGUAAAAAAAUCAUGGUAAUUGUGACUACUGAAAGUGAUCUAGUUUCUGCAGUGGCACCUGCAAGACUAUACAAAGCCAUUGUCCUUGAUUCUUCCAAUUUUUUCCCCAAAGCUUUACCAGACUUUGUUAAAAGUGUUGAAAUCAUUGAAGGAAAUGGAGGGCCAGGAACCAUCAAGAAGUUCACUCUUCCUGAAGGGUAUGUGAAGCAAAAGGUGGAUGUGGUGGAUGAAGAAAACUAUGUGUAUCAGUACACAAUAGUUGAAGGGGAUCUUCUGACAGAGCCAUUGGAGAAGGUGUGUAAUGAGUACAAACUGGUGCCAAAUUCUGAUGGAGGAUGCAUUGUGAAGGCCACACGCAAAUACUACACAAAAGGAGAUGCUGAACUCACACAAGACUUUCUCAACUCUACCAAUCAAAUGUCUGCACUGUUUGCCAAAGCUGUUGAUGAUUAUCUUUUGGCUAAUCCUGAUUACAAUUGAAACAGGUUUUGGUGUGUGGAUUGUGGUGCUCCUGUGUGUUGUUUCCAUCACUUUAAUUAUUUGAUUCAGAAGUGUGAGAUUAAUUAUGUAAGACUUGUUUGUGUGUACCAUAUAUAAUAAUCUUGUAAACUUUUGGUGACAUAUAUGAUGAGUGAUUAUUGUUGUUUCUUAUUUA